UUUUUCUAUUAUGCAGUGCUUAUGGCUAAGAAGCCCAAACAACUUGCUCAUUAUGUGAGAGGGUAAGCACCAACGCGUUAGUUAGGGCCCUGAAGGCCACAAGGAAUGUAGGAUUCCGCAUAAUUUACGCAAGACGGGUUGCAGACGCACUAUGUAGGACGUGUAGCAAGAUAGCAAAGAGCAAAAAGUUAUAACGAUGGACACAAAAGUCAAAUAGAGCAAGUCGAAUAUGGAUGCUUUGAACGAGUACUGAUGUGUACGUUCACGAUUUGCAAUAAGUCUGGUUUGAUCAUUUGGUCGAGUACACCCCAGUAACGUGUUGAACGGGACUUUGAAGUAGCCAUGUCGGCAAUUGUACACGUCUGCGACCCGGGGCAACCGGAAGUGGUCCGUGACUUUACGUGUAACAUCAUCACGCUCACGGAGGGCAUGAGGUAUUUUCGGGACUUUGUACAUAAAGCAAUCCAGGGACGCACCAGUCCUAUCGAAAUCUCGGUACAAUGCGACGUGGCUGUCUUCGAAUGGCUCUUGGGCUACUGCCAUGGCCAGCACAACAAGGGUCAUGUCACCGUGGAUCGCGUGCUGGCUUUGUUAAUCGCCUCAAACUUCUUGCAGAUGGAGUCCCUGGUGUUUGAUUGCUUGUCCUUCAUGGCUGAGCACCUGGUGGAGGUGGCGCUAGCGGUGACGGGGGCGCAGCAGCAGCAGCAGGGGGGCCAGCAGCACCAGCAGCAUGGCGGCAGGGGAAGCGACCUCACUGCGCUGCCGCAGGAGCUACUGGCCCGCUUGGCCAAGAUGGUUCCGGAGCGCGUGUUGGAGCGGUUGGCGGAGCUCGCGGCGAGGGAGGGACACGCCAGGUUGAUGCCGCUGGUUCACCGGCUGUACAAGUACAAGCUGGAGGGGUGCCUGCGGGAGCUGCGGACCACCGUGGCCAGGUGCUCCGUGUGCCAGGGGCUGUUCAGUCUGGCGGACCGUGCUAAGCUGGAGUGCUGCGGACCGCCGCAGCCGACCGGUGGUGGUGGUGGGGGCUGUCGGGGCGCUGCUGCUGCUGGCGGGGCGCCAUCAAAUCGCAGGUCCGCAUGCGGUUCCGUUCACAUUCCCGACGCCACCUGGCGCCUCCAGGACUACCUCGCCUCCCUGCGCGCGCAGCACAUCGGCUGGCGGGGCAUCUACUGGCACGUGUGGGGCCUUGCACACGUGCUGUACUGCCAUUGCUGCAUGCAGUACAUUCCCGCAGCGGACCUCCGACGCUGUACCUUCCACCCGCAACCCCCCGUCUUCACGGGCGCCAGCGCAUCCUCCUCUCAUCAACGCUACAUGGCGCCCUGCGGUUUCUAUCCCUGCUGCGGCGCGGCCGCGAGUCGUGGGGCUGACCCACGGGUCGUUGCGGCAGGCGGCUGCUGCGCUCGCGAGCACCGCUUCCUGCCCAGCGGCCAUGCGGCAGGCACGCCGCUGCCGCCAGGCCUCACCCCCGCGCUGCUGGACACCCUGAGGAGCUGUGCGGAGCUCUUCACCAAUCCCGCGGCCCUAAUGGUGCGAGAGGAUCAGCAGCAGCAGCAGCCAUGCGCGCACGCCGCGAGCCCCACCACUGCCGCGACCGCGAUGGUACCGACUGGAGCAGGCGCAGCGUUCGCGGGGACUGCUGCGGCAGCCGGCCAGCACGAGGCUGCUGCGUUGCUAGGGGGUGCUGCUGCUGCUGGGCGCAGCGCCCCGACCGCAUUCCCGAGCGGUCUUGAGGGGGGCAGCAGCAGCAGCAGCGGCUUCAGCCUUGGCAGCCGUGCCAUCCCGCCGUCCAUCCAGGCUGUGCUGACGGCUGCUGCUGCGGCGGCGGCUGCCUCGUCCGCGCAUAGGCGCAAGGAGGGGCUGUCCGCACUGGGGCCGGCGACCGCCGCAGCGGCUGCUGCACUGGGAUACGAGGUGGGAGAGCAGCGGCAGCAGCAGCAGCAGUCGGGGAUAGCGGACCUGGGACACCGAGAGGGACCCGGGCCGCCCAGCCCGGGCCCGGGUCCCCCGCAAGCCUCCAGGCUGCAACAGCGGCCUGCCUCUGCGGAUCAGGGCUACCGGGAGGUUUGCGGAGGGGAGGCCGGGCUGCAGCAGCAACCGCAGCAGCCGCAGGUUCAGCAGCUGCGGUCAGGCCAUGCAUGCGGGGUUGGGGAGGGGCUGUCGGGUGUCACGGGUGAUCCGCGCCUGGAUGCUCGGAUGCUGGCGGAGGCUGUGGUACGGCGGCUGACGAAGAGCAGUGGCGGCGGCGGCGGCGGAGGAGCAGGAGGGGAUGCGAAGGCGGCCAGUGGCAGUGACCGCACUACGGAAGGCGAGGCCGCAAGCGCUGCGGCCGCUGCGACGCAGGCAGCAAGCAGGCCGGAGGGGGGGCUGGAUGGCAACGAGCUCUGCAGCCAUGCAGCCGCGCAGAUUGCCAGCUUGCAACAUAAAGCAGCGCAUGACACUACUGCGCAUGCUGUGACCCGCGCAGCUCCACCCGCGGCGGCGGCGGCGGGCAAGGCAGGGCCGUUAUCAGUUGUCAGCCGACCCACAUCGGAAGGAUCAGCUGGAAGAGCCCUGGCGUCCGCAGCCACAGCAGCAGCGGCAGCAUCGCCUCCUCCUCACGCGGGAAAGCGCAACACUGGGGAGCAGCAGCAGCACAGCAAAGCGGCCUCACCUCGGCCGCCGGGUCCUUGCAGUGUGUCAGGGGUGCGUCAGGGGCAGCCACAACCGCUGUCGCUGCCACUGCAGCAGCAGCAGGAGUCCUCGUCCUCCUCAUCGCCAAGAGGAGCAGCACUACGACCAACACGACCACGCUCCGCUCGUGAUGGAGUAGGAGUCGGAGUUGGAGUCGGAGCAGGCGGGGGCGCAGCUAUUGCUGCUGCUGCCGGCAACAGCACCAGCACCAAGCUGGAUGCUUCUGCUGUUGCUGCUGCUCCUCGUAGCAGCCCUCGAGCUACCCUUGCUGCCCUGGCACUACUGAGCGCUGAUAAAGCCGCUGCUCCUGCUGCUGCUGCUGCUCCUGCCGUUCCGACGACGCCGGCGGUGCCGGUGCCGUUUUCCCGGGAGCCCACGGACCUGGACAGCCUCUCGGAAGAGCUGCAAGCACUUGCAGCCAUGCUCUCCAUGGGAGGCACAGCAUCCAAGACCUCCGCCGCUGCCGCGGCCGCGGCGAUGGCUGCGAUCCAUGCAUCUACGUCCGACUUGGCGACCGCAGCGCCAGCGUCCAAGGUACUCCGGCGCGCUUCCAGCAUGCCUCCGCCGAAUGGAACAGCAGCCCGGGUCGGAGCAUCAGUACAGCAGGAGGAGGAGCAACGGCAGCGGCAGCAACAGCAGCAGCAUGUGCAGGAGCUUCCGCGGCAUCAGCAGCAGCAGCAGCCCUCGCAGCAGCAGGUGCAGGUCAGGUCGACUGCACAGCCCGGACUACCCGAGGCAGCUCCUCCCCCGGGCGGGCUCGCUGGGAGGCGCGAGGUGCGGCCGCCCCGGCCUGACAGCCACCCCGGAGCCAGCCUGGGGGCGAGGCGGCUGCAUUCCGCGGUUGCUGCUGCUGGGGAGCGGGAUGCUGGUGGUGUUGGUGGUGGGCUAGAGCGCCCGCGCGAUAACGCGGAUAGCGGGAUAACACUUGGCGAUGCCGGCGAUAGGGUUGGGUACGGCGGCUUGGGUGCGGCUUGUGAAAGCAGCAGCAGUCCCCGAGCGAUCGCUGGGGAGCAGCAGCAGCAGCAGCACACUCGGGCCCGGGCCAACGACACGGCUGCACAUGCGCAUGCGGCUACCGGACGUUGGGGCAGCGAGAACCCGCUGCACCGCAGCGUGUCCCUAGUCCUGCACCACCAGCAGCAGCAGCAGCAGCAACAGCAGCGGGAGAGGAGCUUGGGGGUGGCGUCGCAGCAGCCGCAACAGCAACGCAUGGAGCAGGGCACCUGUGGAUACGCAGCAGCAGCAGCAGCCGAGGAUCCCGAGCGAACAGCGCUGAUCGAGCAGUACAAGACGCAGCGGGUGCUGUCUCCUCGACCCAGCAACGUGCGCAUGAUCGCCAUAACGGAUCUGCCCGCGGGAGGCGGCGGCGGCGGCAGCGGCUCCUGCGAGGGCCACGUGGGGUCGCGGACGGCGGGUUCAGCCGUUGCUGAGGUGGGACACAGAAGCUUUGCGGCGUUCGUUCCCGGGCAGCAUGCGAUUGGAGGCAGGGGCGGCGGUGGUGCUGGUGCUGCCUCCGCAACGAGAGGAGUCAUGACGCUUUCGGCGGAAGGAGGCAUGAGGGGCGCUGUUGGUGCUGGUGCUGGUGCUGCUGCGGCGGCGGUGGCGGCGGCAGGCAGCAACCUGUUUGCGGCCGUGCCGGACGAUGUGGAUGGGCUGUUGGCUAUGGCAGCGGCGACGACGGAAGAGGGUCGGCCGCAGCCGUACGGUCGCGACCGCAGGCUGCGAAUGGAGCUACUGUAUGAGGAUGAUAACUACCGGAUGGACAUGCUCGUACGGCACUUGCUGGCCUGCAGGCCCUCCACCCGUACAGCAGCCCCUCGGGAUCCGCGCCAGCUCCGCGCCACGCGGUCCUCUCUGGGCCCACCAACCCGCAGCAACUCCCGAGGCGCCGGCGGCAGCAGACCCUCCUCCGCCACAACAGCGGCGGGGACGGGGGCGUACCCUGGGCGGCAGCAGUCACGGCCCCGCUCGAAGAGCGUCUCCCACCUGCAACGCCUUCAGGGCAUCUACACGUCGGGUCCGGCUCCGGGGGUAAGACCCGCAGGCGGGGGUGGUGUUGGCGUCAGGGGUGGUGGCUCCGGCUAUGAGCGCACUAGUGCGCAGCGGCCACCUGUGGGUGGGACGGGAGUGCUGGCCGCGUACGAUACCUGGGAUGACGUGGUCCGGGGGUCAUGGACGAGGCCAGCGGAUGUGCCGGCCGGGCCAGUUGCUGCGGCUGGCCCGAGUGUACGGCGGUCGCAUCUGCGGCCCGUCUCGGCCCCGCGGACCCGCAGAUAUGCAUGACCACAGCUGGCGCCGUCGAAGAAGGGAUGUGGGUUGGAAGAGCAUUAUCGCGUCUAAGGGCGAUGUAAUACCGGUAACUGGACUG